AUGGCAUGGGAUCACCUGUCCAUCACCAAGCCCCAUUUGGUCUACAUCAUCUUGGGCGGCUUCACCUCGCUGUUCAUGCUCUGCUCCACCGUCAUCAAGGAGCGCAUGUACAUUGGUGAAGCUACUGUGGCUACGUUGUGCGGUGUCAUUUUUGGCCCCCAUGCUGCGAAUCUGAUCGACCCCAGCACAUGGGGCAACGUCGACUCCAUCACCCUCGAGUUUUCCCGAAUCGUUUUGGUCGUCCAAUGUUUCGCGGUUGGUGUAGAACUGCCCAAGUACUACAUGGAGAGGCACUGGAAAUCCGUCAUCUUCCUCUUACUCCCUGUCAUGACCUUCGGUUGGCUGAUCACCAGCCUCAUCAUCUGGUGGUUGUUCCCGACCUUGUCAUGGCUCGAUGGCUUGGUAGUUGCCGCCUGUGUCACCGCCACCGAUCCGGUCCUGGCUUCUUCGGUCGUGGGUAAAGGCAAGUUCGCCAAGCGCGUUCCGAAGCAUCUGAGAGACUUGCUCUCUGCCGAGUCUGGCUGCAACGACGGCAUGGCUUUCCCCUUCGUCUACCUUGCCCUCUAUCUGGUUCAGUACAAUCUGGAGGCCAGAGGGACAACCUUCCAUUGGAUCGUUUACACGGUCCUAUACGAAUGCGUUUUUGGUGCCAUUUACGGAUUUCUUAUUGGGUACAUCGCUAGACAUGGUAUCAAGUUUGCCGAGAAGCGGGACUUGAUUGACCGCGAGAGCUUUCUCGUCUUCUACUUUACCUUGGCCCUCUUCUGUGCUGGCUCAGGUAGUAUCCUUGGCGUCGACGACCUCCUAGUUGGAUUCGCAGCUGGAGUCGGGUUUUCCAACGAUGGUUGGUUCAGUGAGAAGACCGAAGAAUCUCACGUGUCCAACGUCAUCGACUUGCUAAUCAAUCUGACUUAUUUUGUCUACCUGGGCACUAUCAUCCCGUGGGAUAUGUACAACAACGCUGAUGUUGGCCUUUCCGCAUGGCGACUUGCUGUGAUGUCCAUAUUCGUCAUUUUGUUUCGUCGCAUCCCGGUCAUGUUAGCACUCAAGCCGAUAAUACCAGACAUCAAAACCUGGCGCGAGGCACUUUUCGCUGGCCACUUUGGCCCUAUAGGUGUCGGCGCCAUCUUUGUCGCGUUGCUUGCCCGUGCCGAGUUGGAAACCGAGCAUACGAUACCUCUUGCGGAACUUCCGUCGCCCAACGAACCGCAUUACCAGACCAUUCUUCUUGUGUGGCCCAUCGUCACCUUCAUGGUCAUCUCUUCUAUUCUAGUGCACGGGUCUUCGAUUGCAGUCUUCACCCUCGGCAAGCGUAUCAACACCUUGUCUCUAACCAUGUCAUACACCACUGCCCCUGAAGACGGACCCGCUUGGAUGAGCCGCCUGCCGCGUAUCUCAUCACAGUCGCGAUCACAAGCUCGAACCAUGUCGGAUACCGAGUUUGAAGAGCUAAAAUCACCAGACUUUCCACCAGGCACGCUACCGCCGACUGGCGUACCGGGUCAAUUCUUGCGACGCCAGCGUGAAGAAGAAGAUCAGAGUCGAAACGGAAGCCGUGCCUCUUCGCGACGCCGCAAUAGGAUGAAAUGGGAUGACGGAAUCGGACCCGGCGGACCGGUCAGCCAGUCAGCUAUCUUCCCUCAGCGACGUAGCACGAGUGAGCAGAAUGAGCCCAUGUCCCCCUCUGAAUCCGGUGGAGUCCGUUCCCCACGACAAGAUAGCUCUCCAAGUCCGCCACAGGAAGAGAUUCGCGAGAAGGACUUCGGAAGGUUGGAAGGCUCAACCCCAGGAGGAGAGUCGGAGUCCAAGGGCGAACACCAGCCCGAACUGGAGGUGUAUGAUGAAGGAGACCACAUUGUGAUCGAAGAUGAAGAUGGUCAAGUCCUUGCAGUUGAGGAAACGGAACAUCAGCCUCACCACCACUUGCCCGAUGCGCAUGAAUUGAAAGAAAAGGCCUUGGCAGAAACCCGGAAGCCGGGCUGGACAUACGAUGGUCUGAAGAAGAGCAUUGGAAAGUGGCGCGACGAGGAAGCCCAGAAGCGCAAGGAAAAGACGACGUCCGACCGGAAACACGAGCCCGCUCGUGCUUAUCAAUUUGGCAAUACGAUCAUUGUUGAAGAUGAAGCCGGCGAGGUGGUCAAAAAAUACGACCUACCAUCUGAACACAGCGAUGCUAGGGCCCAUGUUCCCAGCGGUCUGAAAUUCGUUGGUAUGCGUGGCUCGGCAAAACCUUCAGAGAAGGAGCCAAAGGCAGGGGAGCCUUCUCAAUCUGGUGCUGAGGAGGCUGCCGCGCCUCGUCCUGGAAUCAAGAAGACAUUCAGUGGAUGGGGCGGCUUCAACAAAGCUGGAGCUGCGGAGCCCAAGAAGAAGGCUGGCGCGGUUGAUGCUAUCCCCGAGCAAGAUUCGGACCGUGCCAUACGGUUCACCAUUGCUGGUGCUGGUAAGCGUAUGACGAAGGAUGACUUCCUCAAGGAAGUGCAAAAACUCGACGUGAAAACCCGUCGCGAGGUCAUCAACAACUCAACGGCCCCUGCAGACGUGAAGAUGGAGGCCAAGUCACAACCGGCACCAAGAGCCACUCGUCCACAGGGUCCAUCUCACCCCCAGAUCAGCAUCACGCAGGCCAGUGAGAGCAGUCGCGCCGAGAGUAAAUCACCCGCUCGUCCUUCGGACCGCCCCGCCGAACGGGAUGUUGAACGGCCCUCUGAGCCAAGUCGUGGACGAAGUAUGACUGGCGUUAAGGAGGAGGGCCCGAGUACCCAAACGCCGGAGACAGAUGCUGAAAAACGAAGGAGAAUAGCCGCUUUCGCUACGGUUCGUGAAGAUGACGAGCCCGCUGAAACGCCAGCCGAAAGGCGACGGAGACAGGCCGCGUUGGGAAAUGGCAGUGGCGAUGCGAGUGGCGCCGCGGAGGAUAGCGACAGCGAUGAUGAUGACACAGUCAGGGUCCCGCCUGCGAGGCGGGGAAUAAGAUUCGCCGAUGGCCCAUCUCACAGGGCGUGA